CCGCAGCGAGGAGAAGCACACACAGGAUCACUCACCCUGUUCCUCUCUCUCUCUCUCCGUCUGGAAUAAUAGCUGGCUUGUCGCGGAUGGGCAGCGCCUGAGAGAUCGCCGGAGGACCAGCCGGGAAAAAGAAGGGUAAGGUGGGGAUGAAGGGGAUGGCGCCAGGGGUGGUCCGUCUGUCGGACGAUGCGAAUGCGGAGAGGCGGUUGGAGAGGCAGAUGGGUUGUAUGGCUGGGUUCCUGCAGAUCUUCGACCGCAACCAAUUCCUGGCCGGGAAGCGCGUCGGUUCCCCCAAGCGCCUGCCGUCCGUGGUCCAGUCGCCGGACGGAGACGUCCAUCCUGCUGCUUCGCCUGUCGUCUCUUCUGCUUCCCCUCAGGGAGUGAAGACGGUAGCGACUCCGGGCAACCAGUCGCCGGCUUUCACGCCGGAGAACGCUCGAGCGCCAGUCAUGGUGUGCCGCGAGCAGCAGAAAGUUCCACUUGGUAUAAAGGAUGUGGUCCGAGGAUCGGUUUUCCGUGAAUCGAACGCCAAGUCGCCGGAGAAGCAGGAAAAGACGCCCGAGAAGCCGGCUGCAGUGGCGAAGAAGACGGAGAACCCCAAGCUGAUCGAUGCCAAGGACGGGUUCAGGUCGUCCUGGCGGCUAAGGGAAGGGCCGCGGCUUUCGCUCGAUAGCCGAGCCAUGGCCCUGAGGCCAUCCGGCGGACUGUUCCCGCGGGAGAUCAGAACGAGCAUAGUUAGGCCUGAAUGCUCCGCCGAUGAGUCCGAGGACGGAGAGAGGCAAAGGCGGUCGCCGAGCGUCGUCGCGCGGCUGAUGGGCCUUGAUGCGCUUCCGGACUCAUCUCCUCUGUCUAGCGGUCCGGAUGCCUACAACCGGGCGGAGCUUCGCCGGUCGGCCUCCGAGUCACGAGCAUCCCGGGAGCUACUCCCCUUCGCAUGGAGAGCCGAGGCGGACGAGCAACAGAGACGGCAGAGCAACGUGGAGCAGCGAACGGAGGUCAUCGGCCGGAAGAGCUCCGUCGCUUCGGCGAAGGAGCCGUGGCGGUUCCAGCUGAGCAAAGGCUUCGAAUCGGCGGAGAUCUUCCCGGACGGGCGGCGCGCCGGUAACCUCUAUGGCGAGAUCGAGAGGAGGCUUAAAAUGAGAGGCAUCGACGAGCCUGGGAAGGACCUCGAGACAUUGAAGCAGAUCCUGGAGGCCCUGCAACUCAAGGGUCUCCUCCACUCGGCCAAAUCCGAGGUCGACCAGGGCCGAGGAGGUCGUAAUUUCGUCUUUGAGCAUCGGAAACCGUCCGCCCCGGACUCACCCAUCGUCGUCAUGAAGCCACUGAACUAUGUCCGCCCUUCGUCUCCUUCACCGCCCCCUCCGGCCAACCGGAACCGCGGAUUGGAGAGCACGGCGAGACUCAACCGGUCGACCGGAAGGAUGCCACAGCAGGUGAGGAGACAGCCGGCAAUGGAGGUCCUGCCGCCGGCGAAACCGAGAAGGAGCAGUCCUACUCCGUCACCCGCAAAUGACCGGGCCCUCCGCAAGGUUCGCACUCCACCGGCAGUCCUGCCGAAGAGCCCUGGCCGUGGGAGGGACCCCGAGAAGAACUCUCCGAGGCAAAUGCCGUCCCCGCCCAGGCCGCCCUCUGCCGGAAGGCGGUUGAUGAGCGAGUCUUGCACCGCCAGGUCGCCCAGAAAUAGGAAGCGGAUUGAUAGGGAAUGCUUUACGGCGGAAAUUCCAGCCAAGGAAGACGAGUCGUCAACCAUCUCUGAGAGCAGCAGGAGUACGUCUUCCGUCAUAGACUCUGAGGCCGCGAGACCGACGCCUCUGAGGAAAGAUGAGUACAGCGAGGGAAGGAUCCUUCUCGACCGAUGCGACAAGCUCCUCCAGAGCAUCGCCGAAGCGACGGAGCAGCGGAGCCCCGUCUCCGUCCUCGACGCCUCUUUCCACGAGGACUGUUCUCCCUCUCCCGUCAUGAAGCGCUCCAUCGUCUUCAGAGAGGGUCGACUCUCCAUGAGCGAUGAAGGAUUGGAAUUGCGAUCGAAGGAAUCGCUCGCCUCUUCCAGCUACGACGAGGACGGGAUCGACGAGGCCGACUUGGACGAUUUCCGAUACGUUUCGGACGUCGUACUCGCCUCCAACCUCCUCCAGAACACCCAGGCAAUCGGCAAGAGCUCCGGCGCGCCCUGCGCGGUGUUCUCGCUCCUCGAGUCUCGACGGAAGCCGGGCGACUCGGACAGCCUGCGAGCUCACCGGAGGCUGGUCUUCGACACGGUGAUGGAGCUCCUACAGAGGAGGCGGCAGCAGACGCCGGCGAAGGCGGCGGAGGCGUUCGUCGCUGACAGGCGCCUGCUCCGGCAGAUAUGGGCGGAGUUCAGCAGCAUCCGGCGGGCCGUUGCGGCGGAGGACGUGUUCGAGGUGGUCAGCGGAGUGAUCCGCAAGGACAUGUCCAGCGUGGCGGCCGGCGAGGUGUGGGAGGAGUGCGCGGCGGAGAUGGGGGACUCGGUGCUGGACAUCGAACGGCUGAUAUUCAAGGAUCUCGUGGCCGACACCAUCCGCGAGCUCGCCUUCCUCAUCGGCGGUCAGCCUAAACCAAUUCGAAGGCAGCUCGUUUUCUGAUGAUGAUCGUAAGGAAGACGUCGCCGGACCCAAGGUGAGUUCGAAGAAGCGCAGCUCAAACCUGAUCGGGUCUCGAGCCCACCGAUAGAUCGAAGUGCGGAUGACCCACUUGGUUCGGCUCAACCCGCCUAGGUUCUGCGGCUCGGCUCUGGUUAAUGGGGCUAAGGCGAUUUUGUUGUUGUUUUUGUAUGUACAAAGAAAGUGUGCAUUUGUUUUUCCUUCUUCAUGCUUUUUAAUAGGCUGUAGUUACGCAACGACUGUUCGCCGAGAGAUACUAUUAACUAAUCGGCGAUGCUUUGAAGGAGGGAAAUGAAUCGGCAGUGUGCUUUUUA